UACAGAAUUGGCUCUUAUGAUUCACUUGUAAAAUCUUGUACCACGUCUACAGCCUGAAUCAAAUAUGAAGGCGUUGAUCGACGUCAGCACGGCAUGUUUGCUUAUUUGUAGCAUACAUUUAGGUGCUAUAGCACAAAAACACAUACAACAUUCCGAUAAUCCGUCAACUUAUAAUAUUGGGGGAGUACUCACGGAUCCGGAUAGCGAGGCACACUUCCGAACAACAAUAGCGCACCUCAAUUUUGACCAACAAUAUGUGCCACGUAAAGUUACCUACUAUGACAAGACUAUACGCAUGGAUAAGAAUCCAAUAAAGACAGUCUUUAACGUUUGCGAUAAGCUAAUUGAAAAGCGUGUAAGUAUAUCUAACAUUUUAUUUUAUUUUAUUUUAUAA